AUAAGGGGGUUCCUGUCUGGCUACACAGGCACAGGCCCCGGUGCUGGAAAUGUGCCCACAGGCGGUGCCCUAUGUCCAACCGGUACCGCAUGCGGCUCUUGCGGUAGAUCCGGCACCGAUACAGGAGUCGUCGUCAUCAUCGUCUUCUGACAAGGCCCUUGCGGAUCCGGCACCAGCCCUGCCUACUAUGGAUGCCCGUGCGCAUCAGGAACUGCUCCGGCAUCUGGCUUCCAACCUAGGUGUCCCGGUGGAGCCCGUCAUGGAGGACACAGAUCCGAUGGUCAAUAUCCUUUCGGGUGACGCGCCCGCCCGUUUGGCUUUGCCACUUAAUAAAAUGGUGGCAAAAAUUACUAAUGCCCUGUGGCAAACACCGGCGACCCUGACCCCUACCUUAAAGGGUGUCAAGAGGCGCUACUAUGUUCCCCAGUUGGGGCACGAGCACUUGUACUCCCAGCCUGUCCCGGGGUCCUUGGUCAUCCAGGCAGCAGCCCAGAGGGAAAAGCUCCCCCAGCCGGGGCCGUCCCCGAAAGCUAGGGAAGCUAAGCGCCUUGACUUAAUGGGCCGAAAAGUCUACGCCACUGGUGGGGUGCAGCUCCGCAUCACUAAUCAGCAAGCAAUGCUAAGUUGUUAUGCUUUUAAUACCUGGCAGGCCAUGGAUAAGUCCAAGGAUAAGCUCCCUGCCGAGUCCCGUCAGGAGUUUGCGGCCAUGACCUCUGAGGGUAAGGCCAUCACCCGUACAGCCCUCCAGGCCUCCCUGGACGCAGUCGACUCUGCAGCCCGCACCAUGGCGUCUAGUGGCCUCUUUAUCUCCUCUAUCAAAAUCCACGUGGCAUCUCCCUCCGCCUUCCAUGUUGGUUUGGCAGGAAUUUCUCUUUUCUCUGACCCUGUGGUCAAAAGGUUCCUUACGGGUUUGGAUAAGUUGUAUCCCUUGGGGGAGGCAGAAGCUCUGCAGCGAAUGUUUGACAAGUUUAUCGACAAGAUGCUGACCUUCAAGAAGGAAAACUGCCAGGAGCUGGUCCCCAUCCCCGAGUACAGUGGGAUCGUGUCUCUCUGCAAGCUCUUCUCUGCUCUGGCCACCCCAGAGAAUGGGGUGAACCCAGCAGACAGUGAGAACUAUAUCACAGUGGUGGAAAUGUAUUUCAUCUUCAGCAUGAUCUGGUCUGUGUGCGCAGCGGUGGACGAGGAGGGCCGGAAGAAGAUUGACAGCUGCCUACGAGAGAUGGAAGGCUCCUUCCCUAACAAGGACACCGUCUAUGAGUACUUCGUUGACUCCAAAAGGAAGAACUGGGCCUCAUUUGAGGACAAGCUGCCCAAAAUGUGGAGGUACCCAGCCAAUGCUCCUUUCUAUAAGAUCAUCGUCCCCACGGUGGAUACAGUGCGCUACAAUUAUCUGGUGAAAGCCCUGGUGUCAAGUCAGAACCCAGUGCUGCUUGUGGGCCCAGUGGGCACCGGGAAGACCUCCCUCGCCCAGAGUGUGCUGCAAUCUCUAGACAAUACCAAGUGGGCCAUACUGACUGUCAACAUGUCUGCUCAGACCACCUCCAACAAUGUGCAGAACAUCAUUGAGAGCCGCGUGGAGAAGAGGACCAAGGGUGUGUAUGUGCCCGUGGGAGGCAAAAGCAUGAUCACCUUCAUGGACGACCUGAACAUGCCGGCCAAAGAUGCCUUCGGCUCCCAGCCCCCACUGGAGCUGCUGCGCCUCUGGAUUGAUUACGGCUUCUGGUAUGACCGCGAGAAGCAAACCAUCAAAUACAUCAAGGACAUGUUCCUCAUGACAGCCAUGGGCCCUCCAGGGGGAGGCCGAACUGUGAUAUCUGGCCGACUUCAGAGCAGGUUCAACCUCAUCAAUAUGACCUUCCCCACGGAGCCACAGAUCCGGUGCAUCUUCGGCACCAUGCUCAACCAGAAGCUGCAGAACUUUGAGGAGGGGGUGAAGCCACUGGGCAACGUAGUCACCGAGGCCACAAUUGAGCUGUACCAUGCCGUGGUGCAGAAAUUCUUGCCUACGCCUGCCAAGAUCCACUACCUCUUCAACCUGCGCGACAUCUCCAAGGUGUUCCAGGGCAUGCUGCGAGCAAACAAGGAUUUCCACGAUACGAAGCCCAGCCUUACCCGCCUGUGGGUUCAUGAGUGCUUCAGGGUCUUCUCCGACCGUCUGGUGGACUCGCCUGACAAGGAAGCCUUCAUUGCCAUUCUGAGUGAGAAGCUGGGCUCCUUCUUCGACCUGACCUUCCACAACCUCUGCCCCAGCAAGUGCCCACCUAUUUUCGGGGACUUCAUGCGCGAGCCACGGGUCUAUGAGGACUUGGUAGACCUGUCAGCCCUGAAGUUAGAGAUGGAGCGGGCGCUGGAGGAAUACAACCAGACGCCUGGCGUGGUGCAGAUGCAGCUCGUGCUCUUCAGAGAUGCCAUCGAACACAUUACCCGGAUUGUGCGGGUGAUUGGCCAGCCCCGUGGGAACAUGCUGCUGGUGGGCAUUGGAGGUAGUGGGCGCCAGAGCCUGGCACGCCUGGCCUCCUCUAUCUGCGAGGACGAGACCUUCCAGAUCGAGGUGACCAAGCACUACCGCAAGCAGGAGUUCAGGGAUGACAUCAAGAAGUUGUACCGACCCUUCCUCUUUGUGGACACGCAGAUCAUGGAUGACUCCUUCCUGGAGGACAUCAACAACAUCCUCAGCUCCGGGGAGGUGCCCAACCUCUACAAGGCUGAUGAGUUUGAGGAGAUCCAGUCCGUGAUCCUUGAUGCAGCCCGGGCUGACGGUAUCCCUGAGGUGGCUGACAGCCUCUUUGGUUACCUGAUCGAGAGGGUGCGCAACAACCUGCAUGUGGUGCUCUGCCUCAGCCCCAUCGGGGAGCCCUUCAGGAAUUGGAUUCGUCAGUACCCAGCACUGGUGAACUGCACCACCAUCGACUGGUUCUCAGAGUGGCCACGCCAGGCGCUGCUGGAGGUAGCAGAGAAGUAUCUCGAGGGCGUGGACUUAGGGAACCUGCCAAAGAUCCACAAGAAAGUGGCGAGGAUUUUUGUGACCAUGCACUGGUCUGUGGCCUCAUACUCACAGAAGAUGCUUCUGGAGCUCCGGCGCCAUAACUACGUCACUCCCACCAACUACCUGGAGCUGGUAUCAGGCUAUAAAAAGCUCUUGGCAGAGAAGCGCAAGGAACUCUCAGACCAGGCCAACAAGCUGCGCAAUGGGCUCUUCAAGAUAGAUGAGACACGCUGCAAGGUGGAGGUGAUGUCGCUGGAGCUGGAGGACGCCAAGAAGAAGGUGGCGGAAUUCCAGAAGCAGUGCGAGGAGUACUUGGUCAUCAUCGUGCAGCAGAAGAGAGAGGCCGAUGAGCAGCAGAAGACGGUGGGUGCUAACAGUGAAAAGAUUGCUGCUGAGGAGAUCAAGUGCAAGGCGCUGGCUGACAAUGCCCAGAAGGACCUGGAAGAGGCGCUGCCUGCCCUGGAAGAGGCUAUGAAGGCCCUGGAGUCACUCAACAAGAAGGAUAUGACAGAGAUCAAGUCCUACGGGCGCCCGCCCACCCUGGUGGAGACGGUGAUGCAGGCCGUCAUGAUCCUGCGCGGCAAUGAGCCAACCUGGGCAGAAGCAAAGAGGCAGCUGGGUGAACCUACCUUCAUCAAACAGCUGAUCAACUUUGACAAGGACAACAUCUCAGACAAGGUGCUGAAGAAGAUCAGUGGGUACUGCUCCCAGCCGGACUUCCAGCCCGAUAUCAUCGGGCGUGUCUCACUGGCCGCCAAGUCCCUCUGUAUGUGGGUGCGAGCAAUGGAGAUGUACGGCCGGAUUUACCGCGUGGUGGAGCCCAAGCGUGCCCGUAUGAAUGCAGCCAUGGCCCAGCUGGCUGAGAAGCAGGCAUCCCAGGCGGAGGCACAGGAGAAGUUGCGGGAGGUGGCAGAGAAGCUGGAGCGGCUGAAGCAGGAGUAUGAGGAGAAGCUGGUGCAGAAGGAGGACCUGCGCAAGAGGUCGGAGGAGAUGGAGAUCAAGCUGGACCGGGCUGACAAGCUGGUGUCCGGGUUGGCUGGGGAGAAGGCACGCUGGGAAGAGACUGUGCAGGGGCUGGAGGAGGACCUAGGCUAUGUGGUGGGUGACUGCCUGCUGGCUGCUGCCUUCCUGUCCUACAUGGGGCCCUUCCUGUCUGGCUACCGCGACGAGAUGGUUUCACAGAUCUGGAUGAAGCAGAUCCGGGAGCUGCAAGUUCCGUGUUCACCCAGGUUCACCUUUGACAGCUUCCUUUGCAACCCCACCAUUGUGCGCAACUGGAACCUGCAGGGACUGCCCUCCGACGCCUUCUCCACUGAGAACGGGCUCAUUGUCACGCGGGGCAACCGGUGGCCACUGAUGAUUGACCCACAGUGCCAGGCCUCCAAGUGGAUCAAAAACAUGGAGGCUGCUAAGGGUCUGAAGAUCAUUGACCUGCAGAUGAGUGACUACCUGCGGGUACUGGAGCACGCCGUGCAGUUUGGCUCGCCUGUGCUGCUGCAGAACGUGCAAGAGGAGCUGGACCCCUCGCUUGCCCCUAUCCUCAACAAGUCUGUUACUAGAGUGGGUGGUCGCCUGCUCCUGCGGCUGGGGGAGAAGGAGGUGGAAUACAGCCCCGACUUCCGUUUCUACUUGACCACUAAGCUGUCGAACCCCCACUAUACCCCAGAGACCUCCUCCCAGACCACCAUCGUCAACUUCGCUGUCAAGGAGCAGGGCUUGGAGGCCCAGCUGCUGGGCAUCGUGGUGCGGAAGGAGCGUCCUGAGCUGGAGGAGCAGAAGGACUCGCUAGUCCUCAACAUCGCUGCCGGCAAGAGCAAGCUGAAGGAGCUAGAGGAUGAAAUUCUAAGGCUGCUGAACGAAGCCACUGGCUCACUGCUAGAUGAUGUGCAGCUGGUGAACACACUGCAGACCUCUAAGGUCACAGCAAGUGAGGUGACAGAGCAGCUGGAGACCAGUGAGACCACGGAGAUCAAGAUUGACACUGCCCGGGAGGCCUACAGGCCCUGCGCCCAGAGAGCCUCCAUUCUCUUCUUCGUCCUCAACGACAUGGGCCGCAUCGACCCCAUGUACCAGUUCUCCCUGGAUGCCUACAUUGAUCUCUUCAACUUGAGCAUCCAGAAAAGCCACCGGAGCUCCAAGCUAGAGGAGAGGAUCCGCUACCUGAAUGAGUACCACACCUAUGCCGUCUACAGAUACACCUGCCGUGGCCUCUUUGAGCACCACAAGCUGCUCUUUAGUUUCCAAAUGUGCGCCAAGAUCCUCGAGACGUCAGGCAACCUCAAGAUGGAUGAGUACAACUUCUUCCUGCGGGGGGGCCUGGUGCUGGACCGGGAGGGGCAGAUGGACAACCCCUGCAGUGGCUGGCUGGCCGACACCUACUGGGACAACAUCACUGAGCUAGACAAGCUCACCAAUUUCCAUGGCAUCAUGAACUCCUUCGAGCAGUACCCACGGGACUGGCACCUCUGGUACACCAACGCCAAACCCGAGAAAGCUAUGCUGCCAGGCGAGUGGGAGAACUCCUGCAAUCAGAUGCAGAGGAUGCUGGUGGUGCGGUCCCUGCGUCCAGACCGUGUGGCAUUCUGCGUCACCUCUUUCAUCGUGUCCAACCUGGGCUCCCAGUUUAUCGAGCCGCCUGUGCUCAACAUGAAGUCGGUAGUGGAUGACUCCACACCCAGGACUCCCCUGAUCUUCGUCCUGUCCCCUGGCGUGGAUCCCACCUCCUCACUACUGCAGCUGGCCGAGCAGUCGGGUGUGGCUCAGCGCUUCCAUGCCCUAUCGCUGGGGCAAGGCCAGGCACCCAUUGCCACUCGUAUGAUCCAGGAGGGUGUCCGGGAUGGGAAUUGGGUGUUCCUGGCCAACUGCCACCUCUCGCUGUCCUGGAUGCCACAGCUGGACAAGCUGGUGGACCAGCUGCAGGUGGAGGAUCCACAUCCAGCCUUCCGCCUCUGGCUUAGCUCCAGUCCCAACCCUGAUUUCCCCAUCUCCAUCCUGCAAGCCAGCAUCAAGAUGACGACGGAACCCCCCACGGGUCUCAAGGCUAACAUGAAGCGCCUGUACCAGCUGAUCACGGAGCCGCAAUUCGGACGCUGCACCAAGCCAGCCAAGUACAAGAAGCUGCUCUUCGCCCUCUGCUUCUUCCACAGUGUACUGCUGGAGCGCAAGAAAUUUCUGCAGCUCGGCUGGAAUGUGGUCUACGGCUUCAAUGACUCUGACUUUGAGGUGUCAGAGAACCUGCUGAGCCUGUACCUGGAUGAGUACGAGGAGACGCCCUGGGAUGCCCUCAAGUACCUCAUCGCAGGUGUCAACUACGGGGGCCACGUGACGGACAGCUGGGAUCGGCGCCUGCUCAGCACCUACAUUAACGACUACUUCUGCGAGCAGAGCGUGGCUGCACCUUUCUACAAGCUGUCAGUGCUCGACACCUACUACAUCCCCAAAGACGGAAACCUGGCCUCCUACCGGGAGUACAUCAGCCUGCUGCCUAGCAUGGACCUGCCCGAGGCCUUCGGCCAGCAUCCCAAUGCUGAUGUGGCCUCCCAGAUCACCGAGGCCAGGACACUCUUUGAGACCCUGCUGUCCCUGCAGCCCCAGAUCACUCCCAGCGGGGCUGCCGGGCAGAGCCGCGAGGACAAGGUUCUGGAGCUGUCCUCCGACGUGCUGAGCAAGAUCCCACAGGAGCUGGACUACAGCGGCACCCAGAAAGUGCUGGCCGAUGACCCCUCGCCCCUCAAUGUGGUGUUGCUGCAGGAGAUCCAGCGUUACAAUGCCCUGCUGCAGGUCAUCAGAUCCUCCCUGUUGGAGCUUGAAAAGGGCAUCCAGGGACUUGUAGUCAUGUCCACCGACUUGGAGGAGAUCUUCAACUGCAUCUUCGACGCCCGCGUGCCCCCUAUGUGGGAGAGGGCCUACCCCUCGCAGAAGCCACUGGCCGCCUGGACUCGGGACUUGGGCCAGCGUGUGGAGCAGUUUGCCCGCUGGGCUGAAACGGCUCAUCCCCCUGUCCUCUUCUGGCUCUCAGGCUUCACUUUCCCCACCGGGUUCCUGACAGCCGUGCUGCAGGCGGCUUCCCGCCAGAACAAUAUCUCUGUGGACACCUUGUCAUGGGAGUUCAUCGUCUCCACGGUGGAUGACAACAACCUGGUGUAUCCGCCCAAGGAUGGUGUGUGGAUCCGAGGCCUGUACCUGGAGGGUGCUGGCUGGGACAAGAAGAACUCCUGCCUAGUGGAGGCUGAGCCCAUGCAGCUGGUCUGUCCCAUGCCCACUGUGCACUUCAAGCCAGCCGAGAGCAGGAAGAAGAGCAGCAAAGGGACCUACGCCUGCCCCUGCUAUUACUACCCGAACCGAACCGGUGCCUCUGGCCGCCCUUCCUUCAUCAUCGGUGUGGACCUGAAAGCUGGCGCCAUGGGCCCUGACCACUGGAUCAAACGCGGCACCGCCCUGCUCAUGAGCUUGGACAGCUGAAACCCCACCCAAUAAA